GAUAAUUUAAGUGACACCUUGGAGAAGUUGAAGCUAAGUGGAUCUGACUGCACAUCUGACAAACUAGAUGGAUGUUUGGAUUGUCUGCUUCAGGCACUUGGUCAAAACAAUAUAGAGAGCAGUGAAAAAAUCCAGCAGAGCGGAAUCCUUCAAGUCUUUGCAAGUCUUUUGAAUUCACAAUCGUCCUGCGCAGCAAAAAUAGCUCACAUCAUAGCAGAAAUAGCAAAAAAUGAGCAAUUGCGCAUUCCAUGUGUGGACGGGGGCCUGAUUCCACCGCUUGUGCAGCUUCUGAACUGUAAGGACCAGGAGGUGUUGCUCCAAACGGGACGUGCUCUUGGGAAUAUUUGUUAUGAUAGCCAUGAGGGCAGGCACGCGGUUGACCAAGCGGGUGGUGCAAAAAUUGUAGUUGACCAUUUGCGGUCAAUAUGCACUUUAACAGAUCCAGCAAAUGAGAAGCUCAUGACUGUCUUUUGUGGCAUGCUGAUGAACUAUAGCAAUGAGAAUGAUUCUCUGCAAGCUCAGCUCAUAAAUAUGGGAGUGAUUCCCACACUGGUGAAGCUGCUUGGCGUUCACUCUCAGAACACUGCUUUGACAGAGAUGUGCCUUGUUGCGUUCGGCAACUUAGCAGAACUUGAGUCCAGUAAAGAACAGUUUGCUUCAACAAAUGUUGCAGAAGAACUUGUAAAACUUUUUAAAAAGCAGACAGAGCAUGAAAAGAAAGAGAUGAUCUUUGAAGUUUUGGCUCCUCUUGCAGAACAUGAUGCUAUUAAACUGCAGCUUGUUGAAGGCGGCCUGGUAGAAUGUUUACUUGAUAUUGUCCAUGAAACUGUGAACAGCGAGAAGGAUGAGGACAUUGCAGAGCUGAAAACUGCAUCAGAUCUUAUGGUACUGCUGCUUUUAGGAGAUGAGUCUAUGCAGAAGUUGUUUGAGGGGGGUAAAGGAAGCGUCUUUCAGAGGGUGCUGUCUUGGCUUCCAUCUCACAAUCACCAGUUACAACUAGCUGGUGCCUUGGCUAUUGCCAACUUUGCCAGAAACGAUGGGAACUGCAUCCAUAUGGUGGACAAUGGCAUUGUGCAGAAACUCAUAGAUCUUCUAGAUAGGCAUGUGGAAGAUGGCAAUGUAACAGUACAGCAUGCAGCACUAAGCGCCCUAAGGAACUUGGCCAUUCCAGUUGUCAAUAAAGCAAAAAUGCUGUCAGCUGGAGUAGCAGAGGAAGUGCUGAAGUUUCUGAAGUCUGAAAUGCCUCCAGUCCAGUUUAAACUAUUGGGAACACUGCGGAUGUUAAUAGACGCUCAAGCUGAGGCCGCUGAACAGUUGGGGAAGAAUGUUGAACUAGUUGAGCGCCUCGUAGAAUGGUGUGAAGCCAAAGACCAUGCUGGAGUUAUGGGCGAAUCAAACAGGUUGCUUUCAGCUCUUAUACGACACAGCAAAUCAAAGGAUGUAAUUAGAACCAUUGUCGAAAGUGGAGGCAUCAAGCACUUAGUCACCAUGGCAACCAGCGAACAUGUAAUAAUGCAAAAUGAAGCACUUGUUGCCUUGGGAUUAAUAGCCGCAAUAGAAUUACAAUCGGCUGAAUGUUAUCUAGAAAGCGCAAAGUUAGUCCAAGUUCUUCACAGACUGUUAUCAGAUGACAAAAGUGCACCAGAGAUCAAGUACAAUUCUAUGGUUUUGAUUUGUGCCGUUAUGGGUUCUGAGCCUCUGCACAAGGAAGUUCAAAGCCUGGCAUUCCUUGAAGUUGUAUCCAAAUUACGGAGCCAUGAGAACAAAACGGUCGCCCAGCAGGCCUCGCUAACAGAGCAGAAACUGACUGUACAAAGCUGA